AAUGACAUAAAGUAAAAAAAUAAAUUCAAUAAAUAAAAAUAAAUAAUUGUCACUCAAAAAUAAAUCUGAAGCGCUUUCUCUCUGUCCUCUCAGCUCGCGGAGUUCAGCACAAAAACCACCAGCAGAUCUAGAUCUUGUUCGAUUUCCACGUUUUAGGUUAUUGCAACUGUAAGACGAUGUCAAGAAGACCCAAUGCUGCUCGUCGUUUUGGAGAGAGUGGGAGCAUUCCUUUUGUGGGUGCAUUCCAUUCCAAGUCCCAUCCAUCUCCACUAUUAACUAUAGGACUUUUUGUUGUGGGAGCACUGCUGAUUGUCGGUUAUCUGUAUCAUGGUUCAGGUGGUAGGAGUGGCGAUAUAGGUGCUUUAAAUAGACUUGAUGGUGGAGUUUCAUGUACACAAGAAGUGCAGAGACUAAUACCUUAUCUAAAGAAAGCGUACGGCGACAGCAUGCGAAAAGUAUUGCACGUGGGCCCCGAAACCUGCUCAAUAGUUUCUCAACUAUUAAAAGAGGAAGAUACAGAAGCUUGGGGCGUAGAGCCAUACGAGUUAGACGAUGCUGAUAGCAAUUGUAAGAGCCUCGUGCACAAAGGCGUUGUGCGUGUGGCUGAUAUCAAAUUUCCUCUUCCGUACCGGCCAAAGUCGUUUUCUCUCGUUAUAGUUUCGGAUGCUUUGGAUUAUCUGUCCCCUAAAUAUCUCAACAAGACUGUUCCCGAGUUGGUUAGGGUAUCUUCUGACGGCUUAGUUAUUUUAUCGGGUUACCCAGGUCAGCAAAGGGCUAAAGUGGCUGAGCUAUCCAAGUUUGGGCGUCCGGCCAAAUUACGGAGCUCGUCUUGGUGGAUUAGAUUUUUCAUCCAAACCAGCUUAGAAGAGAACGAACCUGUUAUCAAGAAAUUCGAACAGGCAACAUCAAAGAAAUCUCUCUCUUCAGCCUGCCAAGUUUUCCACAUCAAACCAUUGCACUGAGAAUCCCGAUUUGUAGAAGGUAUUCUCUGUGGCAACUAUUCCGACACCUUUAGUUCCGACAGCGUUAAAUUAUCAUUUUGUGUAAUUUGUGUCAAUUGUUUAAUAUAAUUACUUAAUAUGAGACAUUUUAUAUUAUUAUUUAAUUAUUAUUAUUUUUUAAUUUGUUUUGCUUUUCUUUGAUUAGCAAUCCACCAAAGUAAAGUGUAUCCUCGUUUUGUAUGACAUUAAUGUACUUGUUAUGCUAGCAUGAAGUGUGCUCAGCAUUACUAUUUAUUAUUAUCAAAUAUCAGUUUUUUUUAAUUAAUUAAU